ACUUCCGCUUCCGGUUGAUUACAGUUUUGCAGUAUUUUUUUGUAAAUCUAAUGAUUUUGUAGUAUUUAAGCGUUUCAUGGAGUCAUACGACGUGAUUGCAAACCAGCCUGUUGUCAUUGACAAUGGCUCUGGUAUCAUCAAAGCUGGUUUUGCUGGAGAUCAAAUUCCCAAGUACCACUUCCCGAACUUUGUUGGGCGGCCAAAACAUGUGCGAGUUAUGGCCGGCGGACUUGAGGGAGAUAUCUUCCUGGGACCAGAUGCAGAGGAGCACCGAGGUUUGAUGUCAAUCCGGCAUCCGAUGGAACAUGGCAUUGUCAAGGAUUGGAAUGACAUGGAGAGAAUAUGGCAGUAUAUCUACUCUAAAGACCAGCUACACACAUUCUCAGAAGAGCAUCCUGUAUUGUUAACAGAAGCCCCAUUAAAUCCUCGAAGAAAUCGUGAAAAGGCUGCAGAAAUAUUCUUUGAAACGUUCAAUGUUCCAGCCCUGUUCAUGUCAGUGCAGGCUGUACUUAGUUUGUAUGCUACAGGGCGGACCACGGGGGUAGUAUUAGACUGUGGGGACGGUGUAACCCAUGCGGUACCAAUCUAUGAGGGAUUCGCAAUGCCCCACAGUGUGAUGCGGGUUGACAUAGCUGGGCGGGAUGUAACGCGGUACCUCCGACUGCUCUUGAGGAAGGAGGGAUAUGAUCUACACACAUCUGCAGAACAGGAGAUUGUCAGAACUAUUAAAGAGAAAGCGUGUUACCUGUCCAUCAACCCAUUGAAGGAGGAGUCAAUGGAGACAGAGAAGUCUUCCUAUAUGCUGCCCGACGGCUCGUCAAUAGAGAUCGGUCCGGCCCGUUACCGAGCCCCGGAGCUUCUCUUCCGGCCAGACUUGAUAGGUGACGAGUGUGAGGGCAUCCAUGAAGUUCUUACCUACUCUAUACAGAAGUCAGACACCGACCUUCGCCGGACACUUUUCUCCAAUAUCGUCCUGUCUGGAGGUUCUACACUGUUUAAAGGAUUUGGAGACAGAUUAUUAAAUGAAGUUAAAAAAUUAGCACCUAAGGAUAUUAAAAUCAGAAUAUCUGCACCACAAGAAAGACUAUAUUCCACAUGGAUAGGAGGAUCAAUUCUAGCAUCACUGAGCACGUUCAAGAAGAUGUGGGUAUCCAAGCGUGAAUACAAUGAGGAGGGCGUAAAAGCCAUCCAUCGGAAAACAUUCUAGUACACACCUCCCCGCCAAGUGUAACGAAAGGAACUUUGGCUUACCAAAUCAACUUAGGACCUUUCAUUAUUUAUAUUUUUCGUAUUUUAAGUGGAUUUGGUUUGUGGUUUUAGAGAUAUGAGGCCGUAUUCAAUAUAAUUCUUAUCCUUAUAUUCAAACAUGCCUCAGUGAUUCCAUUCAGUCUUUUGGUCAGUUAUUUUAACUGUCCAUUCAAAUCACUCAGAUACUAGUUGAAAUAAUAUAUUUAUGUUAGAUCCAAGUUGAUUGUCUAAUACGGCCGAUGGCGGUUAUGAAGAUGAUUGGCAGAAAGGAGACACCAAUCAAUACAGAGCUGUCCGGCACUUAACUCUUUAUACUUGUUAUCCGUGUUUUAUUAAGGACAGAACAGUUAAUUUUUCAAAAGUAAAGUAAUAAGUUCUUUUAUUAAUUGCCCAUAUUUGGAUUAUUUCUUGAAUUGUAUAUCAAUAUUCAAGUAGUUAGUAAGGCUUUUUUUAUGUAAAUUUUUAAGUUUGUAUAAUGGUUUUUUUUCGCAAUUAUUUUAAUUGGUAACAUGGUAUAUUUAUGGACAAUGGAUUGGAUUGGGAAAUACCAGAACUUAUAAAUGCACAAUGCCAGUGUUGUGGAUACACAUGUAUUUCUUAGGUUGAGUGCAAAACUAUAACUCGUGUAACAGAACAUGAUUUUAUUUAUUUAGAAUCAGUACAUUUUUGCAUUUACCGGUAGGCGUUUUGUGGACAAUGAUGUAUGAAGAAAUAGCUGCUAUUAUUUAUAUGAAAUCAUGUGCAAUAUCUAUCAUGACAUUAACAGUUCGUGUAUACUACGUGAUAAAUUGUGCCAUAAAUGCUACGUUGGAAGACAGUAUUUUGCUUGGAAUGAAGACUAAACAAAAAUAAUUUUAACAUUUUUUCACUAUUUUAAAUGAAAUAUAGUGCAGUCUAUGCUGCUUCAAGAGCCUGGCCUUCGGUCUUUUACCAGAGUUUGAUUGAGUUUAUUUUCUUAAAACUUUGACAAACCUUUUCGCACAAGUGCUGCCUGAUGGAGCACUGUCAAAACAUUAUUUUGGAAACAGGUUUGUCAAAGUAGAUGAAGAAACUAAUCAUCCAAUCAAACUACGGUAAUUAAACGAAGGUGGGGCUCUUCAAGCAGCAUAAACUGCCCUUUGUUUCAUUUAAAAUGGUGUAGAAAAAAGAAAAGUUAUCUUUGUUUUAAGUCUUCAUUUUAAGCAAAAUGUUGCCUUGCGACAUAGCAUAUAUGACGUAAUUUAUCACGUGGUACACACACACUGAUUAGGUAUCAUCAUGGCUUGGAUUCUUCCUGGUGUGGUAAUAAUUCAUUUAUGUGUUCCGAUACCCAUGGUACUUUAUUUCUUGCCUAAAGUUUACCGUAUGUGUACCUCAAAAAGUUUUGAGCAUUGCUGCCACAUCAGAAUUAAAAGUCAGUCAAAAGUAAUUCAGAAACUUAAAUGUUCACGCAACAAUAAAUAAGUAGGUUGUUUGGCCUGAGCUGGCCCACAUUUUGAAGGUUUGGUAGAUUUGUAAUUGUUAUUUUUUUAACCCUACAUUAUUAUUUUUUAAAUAGAUGGGAUAGAAAAAGACCAACGGAGAAACUUAUCAGCUUAAAUAUAAAAUAAAAUGAAGACUGGAAAAACCGACUUUAAAUGUUAUUACAGUACUAAAAUCAAAUAAAUGGUCCAAUUUUUUUAUUUAAUUAAAUGCACAUUCAGUUAGUACUGUAGUACUUUAGUUCAUACAUACUUGGUUAAUGUUAUGUAAAGACAUUUAUGUGUAUUUUGCGAGUAAGAUAGAUGAGUGCGUCAAAAUCUGUAUGAAUCUUAUACUCAUCUUAAACAAGUUUGUGCUAUACAUGGCAAAGAUAUUCUUCUCUAAGCUUUCAUAAUUGGAAACAGGUUAUGCAGUGUAUAUAUAUAUAUGAGCAGCCAGCUUUUACUAGUCAACACUGAACGUAGAAAUAUUUAAGUAAUGAAACACUUUAUGUAUGUUCUUGAAAUACUUUGUUCUCAAUGCUCUAUAUUUCUGAAUCUCUACUUUUCUGUGUUACCUACUUCUAUUCUGUUAUACUCUUUUGUUAGUCCAUCUAGACAGCCGCUUCAGAGUCUUUUACGAUUUUUGUUUUGGGGACUCGCUGGAGAUCAUGAAUGUCCAAAUGUUAAAAAAGUUCCCUUUACACGCAGUAUUGUGGCCAACUCUUUUGUACAUUAUACUUUUCUUAAAGUUUAAUCAGUUCAACACCAAAGUAUGAUUAUCAUACAUGUACUUUUUCAACUGAUUUUACUCCAUUCUCAGUCAGAACUUAUGUUUAAUGAGUAGGACGGACAGUGAGAAAUUUUGGGCUCCCGUUACCUGAUCGUCAAUAACCCAGGGGGUACCGGUAUAUUCAUUUUAUGCUACAGAAUGAAUUUGCAAAGCAUAGAUUUACCUAUUUUAAAGCACUGUAAAGAAACCAUGUCUGACACAGAAGGAAGCACAUAUUUGAAGUUUUGUUUAUCAUUUGUCAAAUAAAAAGUGAGUUCUCUCAAUAAUUUUGGGGAAGCUGUCUAUGAAAAAGGACAUGGAGAAACACCCCUUUCAUUCACCUCAAGAAGGCUGUCGAUAAAACACAUAAAAAACACCAAUCAUCAGAUGGUAUGGCUGUUUUGGUCAGGUACCGGGUACUAAAAUUGUACUCAUCCAUGCCCUUGUAGUAAGGAUGAUAGAUUAAAUGCUUUCUUUUUCUGCACUUUACAAACAACAUGAUGUUAGUAAAAUUUAAAUACUGCCACUUUAGCUUUUAGCAUUUUUAUGUAACUGCAGGUUGUAGCAUUAUUAUAUAUUUAACUGCAGAUAGUAACGAAAGCUAGAAGAUUCUCGUAAAUAAAGCACCAAGUUGAGACUUGCAUGUAUUUCUUAUAUUCUUAUUGGCAUUGACUUAUCUGAUUAUUCUGAUGCAUAUGAAAGUGAAGUUUAAUGUUUGUGUGUGGAUUAUCAUUACAUGAGGUUCCAAUUUCAGAUUUUUAAGAAGUAGCGAUUCUGUCAAAAAGAAAAUCAGUUACUUCUGUGAAACCUAUCAAUGUUUGCAUUUAAUGCUUAAGUAAUGUAAUGAUUUCAUUUAUUGGUUGUAUUCAAUGUUAAUUGUCUGAUGAAAUAUUAGUCUAUUGUCUGAUCACGGAUGGAAUUUAAUUAUAAAGAGAAUGGAAAAUAUACCAUGAUGGAAAACCAGAACUUACCCGUGUACUUAUAUGUAUUUUUUGUAAAGCAAAAAUGUCCACCUUGGCGGAGCUGCUACAAAUGGAAAGCAUGAAUAUUCUUGUGUGUAUGUAUAUUGUGUAUUACAUCAUUCAGUGUGGUAUAAAUACCUUGGUAUUUAUAUAUUAUAUGCUUCAACAUCCAAUUUAAUAAAUGUGAACAAAUUA